GAUUAUAGUAAAUGGCAGAAGACAGAAGCAAAGGAGAAGAAAUCUCCAGCCUGCCAGUUGACUUUGCCACCGAUCACAAGUGAGGGCAAGAAGAAGAAAGGGAAGAAAAACAAGCCAGUCACAUUUAGGUUGAAUAAAAACCCACCGUUGCCUUCAAAGGCGUUAGCAGCCCAGGAGAAGUAUGGAGGUUUUACCCAGAAGAAAUCAUCGCUCAAGGCUGAUGAAUUAUCUAAAAACUUGGAAGAUAUCAGAACUAUCAAGCAUCUGGCCAAGUUGAAGACGAAUUUCAUAGAGAAGCUGAAGCAGCACUGUACCUACCUGGCAGAGACCAACUGCAGGCUGAUGGAGGACAUUGAGCACACUGAUGACCGCACUGCCAAGCAAGCCAGAGACCUGCUGCAGCAAUAUGAAUUAUUUGGGACGGUCAAGUCAACAAUGCAGAACUUUACUCAGAACUGUCUGGAUGCAGCAAGAGCAGAAUUUGAAGAAACGGAAGAAAAAAUGAAAAAGAAUCUAGAAAAACUGCAGCAGCAGCUGGAUGAAGCCACUUCAAAGGUAGAGGUUCUCCAGGAUGAACUCCAUAUGCUGCGGAACUACAUGGACAGGGAAUACCCAGCAAAAGCUGUCCGGAUAGCCUUCCUGCUGCGCAAGAUCCAGAACCUGAAGGAGCAGCAGCAGGAUGAGAUAGAUGAGACGGAAGCCUUGGGGAAAGCCUUCCUGGAAGAACUGGCAUUGAAGCUGCGGGUGGAACAGGAGGAGCUGUUAGACAAAGUCGUGGAGGAGAUACUAGAGCAUCAGGAUGGCCUGAAGCAGAUGUUCAUGAACAACCACGUUCUGCAGCGUGAAGUAGAGAGGCAAAGGGAGAUUAUUAAAGACCUGGCAGAUGAGAUAAGUGAGCUGAAAAUAAGCAUCCAGACACUCGAGCAGAGCACAGGAGAUCCAAGAGAGCUCAUCUUUGCUGACGUUCUUCUCCGCAGACCCAAGUGUACACCGGACGCCGAGGUUGUCCUCAACAUCCCCACGGAGGGGACAUCUCUCCUCUAGCGCCAGGCCAGGCCUCGCUCGCAGGGCC